GUCACUUUGACACCAGACGGUUGAUAAACUAGACCUAAAAACAGUGCUACAAAUUUAAAGCCCCUCAGAUACCGUUGAUAAUGGCAAACGAGCAGGAAUUGGAUCAUUGUUUCGAUUUCGCUAUGAAAUUGACUAUUGAAUCCGCAAAGGUCAUCAGGGAAGCAAUCCAGGGUGGAAAAAAUAUAGAAACCAAAGCUGGCGAUUGGGACUUGGUGACUCAGUACGACAAGAAAGUCGAGGAGAUCCUGAUCAAUGGACUUGCCAAUGAAUUUCCGAGUCACCAAUUCAUCGGCGAAGAGACAGUCUCGAGUACAAACUACCUCCCAGACCUAACGGACGCUCCAACCUGGAUAAUCGAUCCAAUCGACGGUACAACGAACUUCGUCCACGCGUUUCCCCACACCUGCAUAUCAAUAGCCCUGAGUAUCAAACGUCAGCUUGAGAUUGGCAUUGUCUACAAUCCAGUUCUGGAGCAGAUGUUCACAGCCAGACGAGGAGGUGGGGCUUAUCUCAACGGAAAAUCGAUAAAAAGUUCCGGCGUAUCAGAACUGAAGGACUCGCUGAUCUGCAUCGAGGCGUCAUACGCAACGAUCGAGGACAUCAGGGACAUAGUGCUCGGUCGACUUGAGGCAUUUGUCACAGUAGCCCAUGGAAUAAGAACCAUGGGCUCUGCGGCACUGACCUUGUGCUACGUUGCAAUGGGAGCAGCUGAGGUUUACCACAGUGACAACCUCAUGCCCUGGGACGUAGCAGCUGGUGCCCUAAUAAUUCGUGAAGCUGGGGGAGAAGUCAUCGAUACAUCUGGCGGUGACUUUGAUCUCAUGAAGCCGAGAUUACUAGCCAUUGGCAACAAGAAAAUUGCCCCUGAACUUGUCAAGCUUGUGAGUCUUGCUGACAAGAAGACUCAUCGCAAGAGAGCAGCAUGAAGAACUAGAACGUGUAGUUGAGGAACGAAAAUAUGUGUUGAAAUGCUAAACCUUUGUAAAUAACGUGUUCAUGUCAAUAAACUAGAUCCC